GAACGACAAUAAAAUCGCGUGCCUGGUUUGUCAUGGGUGAUUUUCGCGGGGAGGCCAAAGUAUUAAUUCAAACGACCCUCGAUGUCACGCUUGAAUAUAUACGCCAUUUGAAGAGUUGCAUCCACGCGACAUAGCUGACCUCUCAUGCCUUAGCACGAGUCCUUGUUCGUUGUCGUAGUCACGAAGCUGGACUCGCGUAGGCAUGUCACAAAGGACGACCGGCAGCUGUUUGGAGCAGUUUCGAAAAUUGAGUACUCUGCACAUCACUUAUCUCAAGUACAUUGGCUUAUGGGCUCUUGACUCCGAUUCGUCCACGCUGUUGAAAUGUUUAUAUUUUGCGUAUAACAAAUUUAUUCUGAUAAUCAUGCUCGUCUUCAUGGUGACUCUGCUGGCUGAUAUUUGUUCGAGCUUCGACGAUCUGUCGAUCGUUACGGACGACGGAUGCAUCUUCGCCGGGAUCGUCGUCGUGUUCUUUAAAGUGAUGAUCUUCCAAAUACGCCGUGAGGAGAUCGUGCGAUUGCUCCGCGAGACUAUCGACGGCUGCGAUCAACUCUGCAAAUUUCCCGUUGGCGGCGAGGACAAAAUUCUGGGCAAGUAUCUGCUGCUAUGUCGAGUAACUUUUUACGGAUUCAGCACUCUGGCCUUUUUUCUCGUGAUCGCACUACUCUUUCUCGUGCCCGUAGAGGACGGCCAACUUCCGGUCAGGGCACGAUAUCCCUUCGAUACGACCAAGUACCCGUGGCACAUGAUUGGCUUCUUCGUCGAGGCCUGCACUAUCUCCGUCGGCCUGACGGCCAUCAUCGGGAUGGACAGUCUGCAUACCAAUCUUUGCAAUCUGUUUCUCGUGCAACUCGGAAUCUUGAGCGAGCAUUUCGAGAGCUGUGGCAACGGUAUCGACGAGCGGGACGAUUUAGAUGCUCGUUACGAGAUAUCUUUUACGGUUGAGAAAAGGAAUAAUCGUGAAAAAGAUAAUUACGAUCCGGACGGGAUUCGUCGCGGCGGCGACGGCUUCAUCAAGCAGUUUAGGAGAUCUAUCCGCAAUCAUAAACGUCUGCUCGCUAUAAUAGACGACUUCAACAAGGUCUUCAGCGCUGGCAUGUUCGUUCAGAUGCUCUCGAGCACCUCGAUGAUUUGCUUAACCGGCUUCCAAGCCGCUUUGGUCGUGGGCCAGAGCUCCAACAUCUAUAAGUUUGCGAUAUACUUGGCGGCGGCCGUCUCGCAGCUCUUCUACAUCUGUUGGGUAGGGAACGAAGUGAUGUACCAGAGUGCGUCGCUGACGCAAAGUCAAUGGCUCUCGGGAUGGAGUGAUGAACUUUCCGUCAAGACCGGACGUCUGAUAAAUCUAUCCAUGAUAUUUUCAAAAAGAACGUUAAAUCUGAAAGCGGGUGUCUUCUACGUUUUAUCUAUGGAAACGUUUAUCGCGAUCCUGCGGGGCUCGUAUUCCUUUUUUACUCUGCUGAGUACCAUGCAGUCGGAAGGCGAUUAGUGAAUCUGACAAUUUCCCAGCUCUAGUUAUUGCGUAGCGUAACUUCUGAAGUCGAGCACAGGUAUAUUGGAGCAACACAUCUAAAAAUCGGCUACAACACAUGCAAUAUUGCUGAUCCGGAACAAAGUGAGUUUUAUCAUUACCAGUAUUAUUACCAGGCUAGUACAAAGCUAUUGCAAAGCUAGUACAAAAUAUAAUAAAUAUUUUAUCCAAAUUUCGUUAAAUGAAGUUAUUGGAAUAAGAGAAAAUAUAAGAGAAAAUUGAUAUUCACGUGAAUGUAACUGCAAGCUGUAAAUAUUUAGAAUUAGAAAUUUUAGAAAUAAUUAUAAAAAUUGUUAUAUAAUCUUACAAUUAUGUAAUACUGUGGAAAAAUAUAUCAAUCAAAAUAAAAUUUGGUUGAUAUAUUUUUAAUUUUAAAUAUUUAUUUGGCUUAU